AAGCGAAUUCUUUAGCACACUCUGCAACCCAGGAAACUAAACCAACUAACUCGUCAUGUCAAUCCCUGACCUGCUUCAGCCUUUUGUUACCCACAAAGUGUUCCAUUCUACUUGGGCAGGGACUUUUUUUUGCAAACCCCAAGCAUAUUUCCAACCACGUAAUGUUGAAGAAAUCAAAGAGUUGAUCAAACAAGCCAGAAUCAAUGGGAAAACUAUCAUGACUGUUGGUUCAGGCCAUUCUCCAAGUGACCUUACCAUGACUAACGAAUGGCUUUGUAAUUUGGAUAAAUUCAACCGUGUUAUCAAACAAGAAGAAUUUUACGGCGCUUCAACCACCAACCCGGAAGAAAAGGAAGUUAAGUUUGUUGAUUUAACUGUAGAGGCUGGGUGCAGAAUCUUCCAAUUGAAUGACUAUUUAAAGGGACAUAACUUGGCUAUUCAAAAUUUGGGAUCAAUCAGUGAACAAUCCAUCGCAGGAUUAAUAUCUACCGGUACUCACGGGUCUACCCAGUAUCAUGGUCUUGUUUCUCAACAAGUUGUUUCAAUUACAUUCUUGGACUCUGCAGGUCAAUCAAUCACCUGUUCCUCAGUGGAAAAACCGGAAGUUUUCAGAGCAGUUUUGUUGUCCUUGGGUAAAAUCGGGAUCAUCACUCACGUUACCCUUCGUACUUGUCCUAAAUACACCAUCAAGUCUAAACAGGAAAUCAUUAAGUUUGAAACCUUGUUACAACAUUGGGACACUAUCUGGUUAGAUUCUGAGUUUAUUCGUAUUUGGUGGUUCCCAUAUUCUGAAAGAUGUAUUUUGUGGAGAGCGCUGAAAUCCGACGAUCCAUUAAGUGAUCCACGUCCUUCUUGGUAUGGUACCAAGUUUGGUCGUUUCUUUUAUGAAUCAUUGUUGUGGAUUUCGGUUCAUAUUGCGCCAUGGUUUACUCCAAUUGUCGAAAAGUUUGUCUUUAAUCAACAAUAUGGUAAUGUUGAAACUUUAGGUAACGGAGACAUUGCCGUGCAAAACUCCGUCGAAGGUUUGAACAUGGAUUGUUUAUUCAGUCAGUUUGUCAAUGAAUGGUCUGCUCCAUUAGUUGAAGGACAACAAGUUCUUCGUGAAUUGAAGGCCACUAUUGACAAUGCUAAACAAAACAAUGAAUUCUAUGUCCAUGCUCCAAUUGAAGUCAGAUGUUCCAAUGUCACCAAUUCAAACGAACCAUUUAUAGAUGAAGAAACUGGCGAACCAUCAUUAUACCCACCUAAGUCUUGGUUAGCCAAACGUGACAGAUUGAGUGCUGGACCUAUCCCCGGUAACAACUUGCGCCCAUACUUGGACAAUUCUCCUAAAUUACCAUACGCCGGUAAAGAUGCACCAGUUACCAAUGACCAAUUAACGAUGUUCAUUAAUGCUACAAUGUACAGACCAUUUAAAACCAAUGUGGAAACUCAUACUUGGUUCCAAAAGUUUGAAGAUAUUAUGCUGAGAGCUGGUGGUAAGCCACAUUGGGCCAAGAAUUUCAUUGGUAUUGAAGAAGAAGGUCAAGAUAGAACCGAUGACUUGAAGACUCAAUUGGAAUUCGGAGGUAAGAAGUUUUAUUCCAUGAUUGGAUUCAAUCCAGUUAUGAAGGACUGGUUUGGUGAAGAUUUGAUCAAGUAUAAUCAAGUUAGAAAGCAAACCGAUCCUGAAGGUGUGUUUUUGAGUGGGAAGAUUUGGGCUCAAAGAAACGGGAUUUUAUUGGACGUUUAGAUAUUUUGUUAGAUAUAUUAUUAUACACUUCUAUUUAAAUGGCGCCUUUAAAGGAUCUAUAACUGUACCUUGCUUGACAAUAACUCUAGGCAUGGUGAGUUUUUGAUGUGUUUCUCUAGAGGUCCAUUGUUGACCCACAGGCAUUCUCAAAGAUCUUUCAUAUUGUUCACGAGAUUCAAAUGGAUAUGGAACUUCACUAGAUUGAUAUUUCAAAUUCUUUUUAUUGACACGUUCAUUAAUGAUAACAUUCUUUAAAUUCUUAUCCUUUCUCUUGUCCUUUUGGACAACCCCAUCGACUUUCCUUACAAUCUUUCUCUUUUUAGAUUUCUUAUUCGAACCACCGGCCCAAUCACCCCAACCAGGCAUGGACAAAUCCUCUUCGUAAUCGUCUUCAUCUUCAAUGACUCGUUUCUUUUCAGCUUCGAAUUCAGAAACUACGUCGUCUCCUGCAAAUGCUUGUUUGAUUAAGUCCUUUUGAGUAAACAUUUUUGGAACAUCUUCAUCUUGUUCUUCUUCAUCACCAGAAUCAUGGAUUCCUGAAGAUACAGCAAGAGUGUCAUUCAUAUCAAUCAAUGCUUCUUGUGUACGGUUAUUAUGUUUCUUUUGCUUUUGUUUGGCAAGCUUAGCAGCUGCUUUAGCUAAUUUGGAUGAUUCCUUUUCUAUGGUUGUUACCUUGGUGGAUUUUUCAGUUUGGGUAGUGGUUGUGGAUAACCAUGGAUUCGAGGAGUCUUCUUCUGGUUCAUCUGUGCUUGCAACUGCUUCAUUGCUGGCUAUUUUCUUGGUAAACUUGCUGGAUAACUUGUUAGUCAAAGAUUUAGCUUGAUCUUGUUCAACUUGUUCAUGCACGGUUCUGUUAAUUUCAAGAAUUUCUUCUUGGUUUGUCGUUGGGACAUAUACUCUUCUUCCUUGGUUCUUAGUGACAUUGACUGAUCCAUCAUCUUCAUCAAAUAAUUCCAAAUCGUCCUUUUUAAGCAUGGCCAAUUGUUGCAAGUUUUCUUGCUUUGCUCUUUCCUCAGCCUUUUUCAUAAAAUCCAUACCCAUGACACCCUUACCGAGUUUACUCCUGACAGAGUCAUCUUCGUCAUCCUGGUCAUAUUCUCGUUCUAUAUCUGAUACUUCAUCAUUACUCUGUUCACCAUCUUCGAAUCCCAUUUGUUUAGCUCGGAGUUUUUCACCUUGACGCAACAUUUCUUCAAGCUCGGCACGAUUGUUGGCAUCCUUAGUUAAACCACUCUUAAUCAUGGAUUUGGCCCAACUGGAUUGGGUUUUGUGUUUCAAGGUCAUUCUUUCACGCGCACGAUUCAAAUCGUGAUCUUCAGUGUCUUCGUCAUCAGACUCAACCAAUUCUUGAUUUCUCAAUCUUUCCUUCUUUUUGAUUUUGUGAUAUUGCUUAGACUUAAUCUUUUUGAUACGUUUGGCUCGUUUUUCAUCUCGGAACAUUAAUUCACGCAUAAGUCUUAACUCAGCGGUUCUCUUCUUCAUUUCCUCCGGUGAUAACUUGGCUACAGCAAUUUCUUCAAAAGUAGCUUCCUUGGAAUCGUCAAUCAACGCAGACUGUUUCAAUACUUCUUGAACCUUGACUUCUAAAUCGGUGGUUGGCACAACAUCGC